GGACAUUACCUCACAGUAACUUCUGCUUCCUGAACAACAUCCUGUUUGUUAGUAAGAUCUGACGUUCUGUCCAUAUGAUGAGAUAGUUGGAGAUCUGAAGACCUGGUGUGAGGAGAUGAGGGGCCUCUACAUCCUUCUCCUGUCACUCUUACUCCUGGGAAUCUGUGCAGUGGACUCCAUCAAGGGCAAUAAAGAAAAAGAUGAUAAAGAUGAAGAUGGAAAAGAAUCUAAGGAAAACUCCGGAGAAGGAAACAAGUCUCAUAAAAAAGAUAAGUGUGACAAGAAAAAAAGAGACCAUCCCCAUUGUAGGGAUCCACCGGAUAGAAGUAAAAGUUCAACCACAGCAGAAACUCCAGAAAGUACAACGUAUACUACAACAUAUGCUACAACAUAUACUACAACAUAUACUACAACAUAUACUACAGCACAAACCACAACAGAAACUCCAGAAAGUACAACAUAUACUACAGUGCAAAAUGCAACAAGAAGUGCCUCCAUCUUUGUUCCAUUAUCCAUCUCCCUGUUCCUUGUGAUUCUUCUUGCUGCUUUCCUCCUGUGGAUAUUUCGGCACCAAUGUCGGAGGAAACUCACCGGGAAAGAUGACAUCGUAAAGAUGAAGCCUGGGACUAAUGUAGUCACCAUCUACGCCACGGCCGGACAUCCACAAGGCAAUGAGGAUCCAGCACAGCAUCCCCAGCCUGGACACAUCUACCAAGAGAUUUCUGAUGACCACAUGAGGGCACCUGCUCCAGAUUCCUCGUACUCCACUGUUGGGCUUCCAUAUCAGGACCAGAAGGCAGCAGAUCAGCAGUCGGUAUAGUCUACGAGGAUUACCCACCAGUGAUCAGCAGUCGGUAUAGUCUACUAGGAUUACCCAUCAGUGAUCAGCAGUCGGUAUAGUCUACUGGGAUUACCCACCAGUGAUCAGCAGUCGGUAUAGUCUACUAGGAUUACCCACCGGUGAUAAACAACAAAAGGACCAGAAGUAACCAAUGAGAACCUCAGCCUCUGCGGCCGUGAGCGCUUUCUGCUUAUGUCCCCACUGCCGACGGCGCUGGGAUUUGCAUCGCGGGACGCGCCUGCAUGCGAAUCCCAGCCCGUCACUCACCUCCCUCAUCUUCCACCUCUCCAUGUCCUCGCAGCUCCGGCGUGCGUGCCCCUGCCUCCUAGGGCGCGCGCUUGAGCUCUUUCACUUAAAGGGCCAGUACUCAAUUAAUCAAGUGUCUACACCUGUCCCCUGUCCUUAAAUAUCAGCUCAUCCCUUGGUUCCCUGCCGGAUCUUUGGUUGCCUAUUGUCAUAGUGAAAGUCUCUGUUACCGUGUACCUGUUCCUUGCUACCUUACCUCCCCUGCACCUGUGUUACCUGCCCUGACCUUCUGCCAUCUUGCCACAUCCUGACAGUCUCCUUCUGUGCCACGCUAUUUCCCAGCUACUUGUGUGGGCGAGCCGUGCCAGGGGUAGCGACCUGGGUGUCGUCUGCCGCAGCAAGACCUUCCCGCUUUGUGGUAGGUUCUGAUGAAAACCAGCGGCACCUUAGACUCUGCUCCCUGGCACGGCUCAUGUCAUCAUCCACACAGCUCCAGAGGAUCCACCACAUGCCGUGACCCUUACAGCUGGUUUAAUAGUCUCUGUCCAUUGUCGUCUUAUAAGAAUAAAUGUUAUACUGUAGAUCUUUUAUUAGAAAAAUAUAAAUCAUAACAAAAACACAAAACCAGCACAACUUGGCCAUAACUGAAAACAGCAACAUGAAAUAACAUAAACCAAAACUUUACAUUUAAAAUAAAAGAACAUAAAUCCUGCCUAACCGGCCAGCCCAGUUUUCCUAACAAAAAGAAACACACCUUACAUAACCUAAUAUCUAACAACACACUCACAUGCAUACUCAACUUACAUAACCAAAAAAGAAACAUAAAAAUAGCACUAUUUAGCUGUAACUCAAAAACACCCAGACUUGGG